CUCGUCUCAGUACCUUCACCGCCGUCGCAGCAGAUGCACGUGUCAACGUCGUUCCAAUUUCAAACACGAUCGAAAACUAUUACGUUACCUCUCGCAUUUAAUUAAUCUAAUUCUUAAUUACAAGUAUAUGUGCACUUUUUAAAGCGAUGUGUAAAAGUGAACGUGUGUAUUCGUUGUUUGUGUGCGUUCCGAUGUGUGUCAUUGAAUGAAUCGCGCUAACGAGUUGCAAUACAGCGAAAAUGUGACUGUUUGUUAUUGCAAGUGUGUACCAUCGAUCGUUUGAUCGAAAAAUGGCCAUUAAUGACAUUCCGUAAUGUACUGAUGUUCAAUAAGAUGCGCGAGUUCUUAAGGAUCACUUUGGUGUGUGUUUGUGCUGUUCUAUUGGUGGGCGAUGGCUGGUGUGCGGAGGACGUUGUCUCCUCGGAAGUGACGGUGGAGUCGGAACCGAUUAGCACGAGGUCUGAUGAUGCUGACCAACGAAGGGAUAGACAGAGCACUCUUCUACCAGGGAGUGCGAGGAAAGCGACGACGCAAAGCAGUGCAAACACGACGAGAGAUUCACAGCUGUUGUCACUUCUUGCUGCCAGGCGGCGACAGCUGCUCGGAGGGAGGCUGACUACACACAUCAAUACCUUAGCUACACUGGCACAUAAACCCUACAAAGGGAAUACAACAUUUGCGCAGCUGGAAAUUCGCAACUCGAACAGUUCCAUUUUGAAAAGGAUUACAUUCGAUAACUCGAGUAACGAAAUAUCUCCGACUUUAAGAUUAGUUUCUACUGAUGGCGGGAGGGAAAUACGACAAGAUGUGAAACCACACGAAAUUCGGCAUUUAUUUAUUCCAAGGAUAUACCAAGAUAACAAAAACAGAGCUGGAUUUAUAAAUAAUAGAAGGAAAGAUUUGUUUAAUAUCAACAAAACUAUUUUAAUUUCCAUAUCAACUACACAAAGUAGUAUAGUUUAUGUGCCACCGGAUAAAAUAGAAGGUUCAGAAAAGGAUGAUUUAGAUCCAGAUGAAGAAUUCCAGGUAGACGAGUCUAAUCAUGGCUUGUACUUACUUAAUUAUUCAGACACAGAAAACGUGACACAGAGCCCUAACAGUAUAACCGACGGUGAUACAUUAAGCAAAGGUAAAGAACACACUGCACCGAUUUUAGAAUCCUCGACAUUGUCAACAGAAAAAAUCACAAGUACAACGUCAGCAAGCAUUGAGCAACAAAAUAAAAAUAAUAAACCUGAAACAAAUGCAAUUGCAAAUAGUACAGAUACUCAAAAUAAUAGUACCGUCAAAAACGAUAGUGAAAAAGAUAAAGGCAAUCAAACACUAUUUAUGUCUGAUGAAAUUUAUAACCACUUCAGACCGCUAGAAUCAGAAUUAAAUGAUGAGGAAAUGGCACCUUUCAUAUUCUUCGGCCAAAAAUUAGGAGGAGGUGUAAUAAGUGAUAACUUAACGAAUUCCCCAUCUUUGUCAGCGUCAACAAAAUCAGUUAAUUUCAUAGUACCACCUCCCGAAAAAAGAAAAUUCAAUUCCAGAUAUUCUGCAACCGAACGUUAUAAGAACAUAAAUGCAGGAGAAGAUGAAAUCAACGAAGAUAUGGAUGUGUCAGUCGUCAAAAAUGUUAUUGAAAAGAAUAAAAUUAGAAAUACCGUUAAAGGUCCUGCUCCAGCUCGUCCGGUUGGUUUAGUCAAUGCUUAUAGAAAAUACUCCAGUACUACACAAACAACUACUAAACCUAUAAAUACAGAUGAAUUAAAUGUCACUGAACCGAUUUUGGAAAAUGUCACUCCUAGUUCUGUUGAUAAUGGAACAAAUAUUUCUAAUAAUACGGCAAAGGAUGAUACAAAGAACAAUACGAGUCCGAUAAAAGGGACUACAACCGUCCCAACACCGAGAAACUUUACGAGAAAUUAUUUCAAUUUGAGAAGGCGUCCAUCAAAAGUAACAACAAGCACUGAAGCACUGCAAAUAACUAACACGACCACGGAAAAGUCGUCGACAACUGUCUACACAGCUGUGGUCACGUCAGUUUCUAUAACAUCAUCUAUGAAAGGUCAAAAUAAAACUGAUGGUAUAAAAGAAUUCGAAAAUGAAACUAUUAUUCCUAUACCAAACGACAAAAAUAUAACGAUACAAGAACCUGUUUCAUCAAAUGUAACUGAAAAUAUCACAGAAAUAAAUAUCCCUACAACUAGCCCGCCUACAACAAUUAAACCUUUAAGACGUAGAAUUAGGAUAAGAACUACUACAACUGAAAACACGUUGAAUGGUAUUAACUUAGGUGUAUCCUUCAAUCCAAAUCCAUUAUUAUCUGACUUUACUACUAAAACUUUAGAUUAUAAACAAGAAACGACUACUGUAUCAAAUUUACCUGAUUUUACAAGUACGAUAAGAACUAAAAAUGUUUUACGAAGACGAAGACCUACAACCACUACAACUACGACCACAACAACUACAACGUUAGGACCUGUCACAAUAAAUAGUGAACCACUUAUAACUGUAUCACAGCUGCCAACAAUUUUACCACCUAUAACUACAACUUCACACGAUGUAGAAACUACACCCAAGCCAAAUAUUGAAACAACUAAAACAUCCCAUGAAUUGAAGUCUUCAGCACCAGUGCUUAUCUCGAAAAAUGUGGCUAAAAUUACAAGUAAUAGAACAUCGAUAAACGCGACAUUAGAUAAUGAGAACGAAAAUGAGUUACGAAACGAAGAAGUGGUUAUAGAAGCGGAGAAAGUUUACACAGCGUCAUAUGUGCUAGCUGGACUCGGGUUUCUUCCUGUCGCAGCUGUAAUAGCCUUCUUCUUACGAAACUUUUUAAAUAAAAAGAUAAAAGAAAUCGACACGGAGUACGAAGGAUAUUUCGAAGAUGGCGAGAUCAAAAAGGAGUCGCCAAUUACACCAGUUGCCCGUCCACCUCUCCCGCCUCCUAGCAAGCCUGACCAAAAGUGGGAAUUUCCUAGAAACAAACUACGGUUGCAAACAUUGCUUGGCGAGGGAAACUUCGGACAGGUCUGGAAAGCGGAAGCCGAUGACUUGAACGGUCAUGAUGGAUUGACGCGACUGGUAGCUGUGAAAACAAUAAAGGAAGCAGCGUCACAAAAGGAAAAGCAAGAAUUACUGCAUGAAAUUUACAUCAUGCAGAAGAUUGGAACACAUCCGAAUGUGGUUACAUUGUUAGCAUGUUGUACUGAACAAGAGCCUUACCUGCUGAUAAUGGAGUACGUGAUGUGCGGCAAGUUGCUGACAUACCUGCGCGCUCGACGCUCUCGGCCUGACCGCUUCGGAGGCGGCGGUGCGCUAGCCUCGCGCGACCUUACCGUCUUCGCCUACUGCGUAGCUCGCGGCAUGGACUACAUCGCCUCUAAAGGGAUUGUUCACCGGGAUCUAGCUGCUCGUAAUGUACUUGUGGACCAUAACAAGCUGUGCAAGAUCGCGGACUUUGGCAUGUCUCGAUGCGCGGGUGGUGGCGCGAGGACAGCCCGCGGCGCGCUGCCCGUGCGCUGGAUGGCACCUGAGGCUCUGCUCUACAACGUCUACAACCAUCAGACUGAUGUCUGGGCUUUUGGCAUACUUCUCUGGGAGAUCGUCACUUUAGGGUCAACGCCCUACGCAGCAAUGUCUGGGAGAGAAGUGUUAACCGCUGUCACCGAAGGGUACCGGCUGGAGCGGCCGCCGCACUGCAAGCCGCAGCUGUACCGCGCCAUGCACUCCUGCUGGCACGCCGACCCCUCGCAGAGACCCACCUUCGCGUCUCUGAAGGCGCAGUUAGCUGAGCUACUGGAUAAUGAACCUUCUGAAGGCAAUUACGUAGACUUGGACUCUUUCUACCAAGAGUCUUCUGUGUACAGCGAUCCAUCGGCGAUUAUCAAUGAUGAAGACGGUCUUUCCGCAGAGUAUGACAGGGAACGGCGAUGUUUUAGAGAAUUGGUUCCCGGUCCUGCAAAGUUUGACAACAGAGCGUUUAAUCUUCGCGACGAAGAAUUAAGAAAUAAAUUCGGCAUCGGGACACCGAGAAUGGGCGGUUUCGGUAUCCGAGACGCGCCUUUCAACGAAAGAAAUUUUCCAGAUGGGGAAUUCAAUGAGAGGAAAUUUCCAGAAAAGAAUUUCCCUGAAAGAAAUUUCACCGAUCAAAAUUUUAACGAUCCGAAUUUCGCUGAACGCAAAGAUGGGAAAUUAUCUACAUCGAGUUUCCACAGGGAAAGAGAACGAGAGAAUCCAUUGGUCAGUAGGAACAGCUUUAACGGUUUCCCUCGUGUUGGUGGUACAAGGGAGAACCAUUUUCAAUUGAACCCUGAUGGUCGGAAUAAAAGAGUAUCAGAAUUUGAAUGCGACAUAUGAACACAAUAAAACUAUAUUGAGUUUAAAUGCUGUUCUAUAACGAACUUUUAAGUUUCUCCAGGAUUAAGGACAAAAUUUCGGAAGUCGGAUUCAUUAGAAAUUUGAAAAUUAAGUGAAAAUUUUCAUUGGUUAAUAACUUUCUGAUUUCGUGUUUUGAAUAUUUUUAACAGUGAUAAAAAAUUUUGAUUAUUGGUUUGUUAGCUUGAUCAUGACAAUUUACUUAAGCCUUCGAUUGCAAUCGAUUUCUAUAACUUAAGAAUUGUAAAUAAAUUGUUAAUUUAUAACAGUAUUCUUUUGUGUUACAUGUUUAGUAUAUACAAUAAUAAUUGUAAAUAAAUCGUGUAAUUGUGUUCUUUUGUAUGAUAUGGGUGGUAACAAGUGAUAAAUAUUUUUUAAAAGUGUAUUAACAAUUGUACAUAUGCACUUUAUUGCAAUUUACUUCUUAUUCCAUAUAUAAAAAUGUUAUUAAAUCACUAACUUGUUUACGUCUAUUUUAGAUAUAUUUUUUGAUAAUUAAAUAUAUAUAGAUGUUGAAAUGAUAACUGUUGUUCUAAAUCAAAGAUUUAUUAUGUUGGAUUGUCAGAGCGUCCGUACAUCUGAAACUAAACUAUCGUACAACUGUUUAGUCUGACUUUGACGCCUAUGAGUUUAUAUGGAGGUGCACACUACUCCAUUUAUAAUUGUUCAACUAAACAGUUGAAUUGGCUGCGAAACAAUUGACAAUCACAACAGUCGUUCGAUAGAUUAGUCCAAGGUGUGCGGCCGCUCUAAUGGUGCUAAAGAUAUAUGCUAUCCCCAUAUUUUUUACAUCGGGCGAUAUUUUAGCAACGUAUAUUUUUGUUUAUCUUCAAACUGUAUGUCUCAGUUCAACAUUAUUCUCUAGUCUCUAAAAUUGUAAUACUAUUGGAUUUUUACAAAAUCUGAUUAAUUGGGUAAGAUUGAAAGAUUUAUUUUAUUAUAAUUAUAAGGAAUUCGUGAACUUUUA